AUUCUGGAAGAGGUCAUCUUCGUGGAAGAGUUCAGUGAAGAAGUAAGGGAGGGAAUAAUCUUCCUUUGUUUAGAGCGCCUGGUGAUAAAAGAUCUUGAAAAACUAACAAGUUUUUGCUCAGAAAUUCUCAUUGAAUUUCCAUCCUUGAAACACUUGGAGAUAGAGAAAUGCCCCCAGUUCAAGUCAUUCAUCUUGACGAACAUAAACACAGACUCAGAGGAGAUUCAACCUUUCUUCAAUAAAAAGGUUGCGUUACCUAGCUUAGAAGAAAUCAUAAUGUCUGGCAUGGAUAACUUGAAGGUGAUAUGGAACCACCAACACCUUAGGCAUCCUUUUCAAAGACUAAAACUAAUUGAAAUCAAGAACUGUGAUAAGCUAUUGUCUAUUUUUCCUUCAGAUAUGUUUGAAAGGUUCUGGCAGUUAGAAACACUAACUGUUACUGCUUGUGGUUCGUUAGUAGAUAUAUUUGAUCUCCCGAGGUUAAAUGUUCAAGCUCAGUUAAAAGAAUUGUAUAUCCAUGAUCUACCAAAAGUGAAGCAUAUAUGGAAAACGGAGUCCCAAGUAAAGCUUUCAUUUCCAAAGCUCCGCUUGGUGAAAAUUAUUGGAUGUCAGGGUCUAGAAAAUCUAUUUCCAACCUCCAUUGCCAGGAGCCUUUUUGAACUUGAAGAGCUUGAGUUAGUUAAUUGUGGAAUGAAGGAGAUUUUUUCAAAAGAGGAAAGCAGAGAAUCAACUAUUAGGUUUGUCUUUCCAUGGAUAACAUUUCUUAAAUUCUCAAUGCUGCCAUAACUUAGAUGUUUCUAUCCUGGAACACACACUUCAGAAUCGAUGGCAUUAAAAAAGUUAGAAGUGUGUGAUUGUGACAAUGUGGAAAUAUUCACUUCAAAAUUUCUCAGCAACAGACUUGAUGUACCAGCAAAAC